AUGGAACUAAUUAACCACUUUCCAUCCAGAAAGUUCGGAUAAGAGCUAACUAAUAUUUAUUAUAGGCCUUAAACAAGAUUGAACUUAUCGCAAUUGAAAAAGAAGGCUGAAUCAACUAAUACUUCAAUGAGACAUAAAUCUUAAAGAGAGAUCAAUAGUAAUAAUGUUUGGUACUAAGUAUCAAUAAAGAAAAGAACAAGUAGUUAGCAUAGUAGUGGUGAUUCAGUCACUCAUAGAUAGAAAUCAUCCAGAUGCUCAAGCAGAAAUCAAACAAUAUAAACUGUGAGAUUUUGCGAUGUGAAAUAGUUGCUAAUAGAUGAAUAGAACAAGCAAUUUAUUGAAAAUAUCGAUAUGGUCUAUUCAAGCAAACCUCAAUAUUGUAGUGUGUAUGCAUACGAUAUCUAAGAAUAUUUGAAAUCUAUUGAAUUAUCAUACUAAUUUAGUGUGUAACAGUACUUCCAUCACCAACCUUAAAUAACUCAGAAAAUGAGAAGUAUUUUGAUAGAGUGGAUAAUUGACGUGACAGCAAAGUUCAGAUUGAAAUAAGAAACACUGUAUUUGACAAUAAGCUUGGUUGAUAGAUAUAUGUUGACAACUCCAGUUUCUAAAAACAUAUUAUAACUUAUCGGAGUUUCAGCUCUAUUUAUAGCAAGUAAAGUAGAGGAAGUUCAUUAACUGAUGGCAAAGGAUUUAGCUUACAUCACAGAUAAAACAUAUACAAAAGAAUAAAUUGUAUACACUGAAUCCUUAAUAUUGAAACAGCUUAACUUUAACCUAACUACACCAACUAUAAUAUAUUUUUUAACACGAUACUAAAAUAUAUGCCCUUUGAAUUUGAAACAUUUCUUCUAUUGUCAAUUACUAAUUGAAAUUUAUUUAUUACUACAACCUUAGACUCAUAGCAGUAGUCAAUUAGCUGCAGCUUCAUUUUGGCUGAUUCGGAAAUAAAAGAAAUACAAUCCAAUAUGGCCUGAAGAAUUAGAAAUUAUUAGCAAUUGUAACGAGAAUAAAUUACAUGCAAUAGUUAAAGUGCUUUAAUCCUGUUAAUCAGAAUUUCAAACAAGAUAGACGAUAUUUAAUUCAUUAUAUACUAAAUAUUCUUAGUAUAAAUAUUGUAGAAUAAUUAAUAUGUGA